GAACACAACUUUACCUCGAGGUGGUGGACCAGACGGUAUGUCUCCAAUUUUGGUUACUAAGGGACAAACUGUUAACUACACUGUAUAUGCAACACACAGACUGGAAGAAUAUUACGGCAAAGAUGCUUCGGAAUUUAGACCUGAAAGAUGGUUUGAGCCAGAAACCAGAAAACUAGGCUGGGCUUUUGUUCCAUUCAAUGGUGGACCAAGAAUCUGUCUUGGACAACAAUUUGCCUUGACUGAAGCUAGUUAUGUCACUGCUAGAUUGAUACAACAAUUUGGCUCUUUGUGGAUGGAUCCAAGCACUCCAUACCCACCACUUAAGAUGUCACACUUGACAAUGUCCUUGUAUGAUGGAUGUAAUGUCAAGAUGGAGUAA